AUGUCGAUAUCAACGAUAAACUCUUCUGUUAAAGUGGGGCCAUUGAGCGUUCCUGAGCCACCACCACAGAAGAAAGCUUCAAAAGAUAAUGCCAUAAAGAAAUACACGCCUCAUAAUUUUGUUACCUAUGUGUAUCAAACAAAAUUAGGAGAUUCAUUUCGUAGUGUAGCAUUGACAUGGUGCAAGAACCUCAUAGAACAUAGCCUUUCUAUGAUUGUGGAAAAACCUUUUGACGAAGAGAAAUUUACGUGCAAGAUUGAUAUAGCAUCUGGACAAUCUUGGGGGAAAAAAGGUCUGAAAUCGUUUGAAAUAGAAGGGUCGAGAGUAGAUAUUUAUUGGGAUUUUCGAGAUGCGAAAUUCUCCAAUAGUCCACAACCUAGCUCCGGCUAUUAUGUUGCCUUGAUUUACAAGAAAAAGGUACUUUUGUUACUUGGAGAUUUAGACAAUGAUGCUUAUGAAAGAACCAAAUCAAAACCAUCCUUAGAAGAAUCUACAUUGUUAUGCAAGAAAGAGAAUGUGGAAGGGAAAACAUUGUUUUGUAUCAAGGCUAUGUUGGAAGAGGGUAAACCAGAACACGAUGUGGUUAUCGAGACGUCCCUUUCUGGGCCGGAUGAUCCAGAAAUGUGGAUUAGUAUAGAUGGGAUAUUGGCUAGUAGAAUAAUGAACUUGAAUUGGAAAUUCAGAGGAAAUGAAUUUGUAAUGGUCAAUAAUUUACCAGUACAAAUACUUUGGGAUGUGCAUGAUUGGUUGUUCAAUGACCUUGGUUCAGGCCCUGCCUUGUUUAUUUUCAAGCCAGGAUUCAUGGAACAUCGUGCUAUUGAUUCUAAUGAAGACUUAGUAGAUGAUAAUUCACCUGCAAGAAGUUUUUUUCAUUUUCUAUAUGCUUGGAGAAUUGAUUGA